AUGCUGAUUGCACUACUGACUGUGGGCGGAUUUGGAGUCUCACAGCAAAGUGGGGCCAGGGUGUUUUGGGUAAUCGCAGUAGCUGAAAUGGCACGCCAGGUUAUCGUGGUGGGUAGCGAGCAGAGAGAAAAGACCACGCUUCGAAGUCGUUUGCCGCUAACGACGCGCCCGGAUAACACCAAGAAACAGGCCCGCUUAAAAUGCACCGCCAGGCCGGAGCCUCGCUAA